AAUGGCGGCGGACCUAGUUUUUAUGGUUUCUAUGUGACUACGCAAGUGGAAAAUUAUAUAUUCGCGCAUAUAUUUUGUAUUAAAGUGUGAGGUGUGGAGGAGUUUCAUUCCAGGUUUAUUGUAGUCUUUGGCUCCUUAUAAAAUAUAUUUUAAUCAAAGAGAAGGAGCAUAUCUUGGUGUUCGAGUUCAAUGAAAUCAGAUGAUACAAUCAUGGACAAUAAAAACAGUGAUGUGGGUGUCAAAGUGGAAUCGUCAACAACUAUCGAAAAUAAGGAGGUGGAGCGAGGGAAACUACCCUGUGAUUCAGCAGUGAAAAAAACCACGAAGGAAGAGAAAAUUAGAAAGAAGGAUGAUAAAAGUGUUGAACAAGUUCUAAAGGCUUUGAAUAGCCUGGAAACAACAGAAGAGAAGCUGGCAGCGUUGUGUAAGAAAUACACUGACAUAGUAGACGAAAAUCGUAAACUCCAGUUAACGGCAAAACAGACAGAAAAGAGAUUGAUGUUGGUGCAGCGUGAAAAGGAACAACUGCAAACGGAGCAUAGCAAAGCUGUUCUUACUCGUAGCCGCCUGGAAAGUCUGUGUCGAGAGCUGCAGAGACAGAACAAGGCUAUCAAGGACGAGAGUUUGCUCAAAAUCCGAGAAGAGGAAGAGAAGAGAAAGGAGGUGUCAGCCAAGUUCCAGACUACGCUGAAUGAAAUUACAGCCUUAAUGCAGCAGAAUAACGAGAAGAACUCAAAACUUCGAGAAGACAACCUUGAGAUGACUAAAAAGUUUAAAACAGUAUGUGAACAGUAUGAGUUGAGAGAACAGCAAGUAGAAAAGAUCUCGAAGCAAAUGCAACUGGAAGCGCAGCUGGCUGAUGCGAGAUUGGCAAAAGCUAAGAUGGAGAUGGCUGCUGAAAAAGAGGUCCUUUUGCAGGAGAAGCAGCGGCUGCUUUUGGAUUUGACCGAAUAUCAAACAAAAUGUCGAGAACUCCAGACGACAGAAGUGAAUUUAAGAAGUCAGAUAAGCCUUUAUACUGACAAGUAUGAUGAAUUUCAAAAUGCAUUGAGCAGGAGUAAUGAAGUGUUUGGAGGAUUUAAGGGAGAAAUGGAGAAGAUGUCUAAGAAGAUCUGCAAGCUGGAAAAGGAAACUUCGUCAUGGAAGCAGCGCUGGGAGAAGAGUCACCAGGCAUUGCUGGAGAUGGCUGCUGACAAGCAGCAGAGAGACAGCGAACUGGCGCUGGUUACCCGCCAGUUGGCGCAGCUACAGAAACUCUGCAGGACUUUGCAGGCUGAGAGAACGUCUCUGCUCGCCCAGCUCAAGGCUGAGGGAGCGGCCAAGACCGGAGGUUCUGGCAGAGAUGUGCCCCUGGAAUCUUUGCAGCAGUCACAAGAUAAUGCGAGAGAGACUUCGCCACGUUCUGCAAAUACGCCUUCAUGCAGACACGAAGCAGAGAAAGAUAUACAACAUCUUUCAACUCCAAUGGAGGAACCAAAGAAUAACAACACGGAGACUGACGAAAGCAGUUCUUCUGCAGAACUAAUACUGAAUGAUAACGCACAACAGGGCGAUGAAGAACCUGUUGCCGUAGAAACCGGGAACGGUUCCGUAGCUGAAGAACCGAGCCGUGUCGCAGAAGCGGCAAAUGAACAAAAUUCUACUCAGGGAACUAGUCUGAACUGUAUGACGGUUCAGCCUGAAAAUGUAGCGAACCCGGAAGAGUAUAAACAUAUUGUUUUAACAAAUGAAUUGUCAGAAAAUAAUGAUUCUGUUGUAUUGGAAACCAAUAAAGAAUUUGUCGCAAGUAUUUGCGCUACGGAAAAACAGGAACAUGUAACGGAAAGCCACGGAAGAUUAACCGAAGACAAGGAAGCGUCUGAGGUAGUACCGGUUGCGACAACCGCCGUAAAUGAGGGUGAUCCUCAAAUGUACGACCAGCAAUAUUCUCCAGAUUCGGUUGUAAACGGUCGAAUGCCGGAAAUAAUGAUUUAUCCGUUGACCGUGACGCACGACCAAGAUCUUUCUGAGAGCAAGAAUAUCCCAGUUUCAACUACGAAUGCAGCAACCAACACCAACCACGUUUCAGAGAAUGGAGUAGCAGAACAAAUUCCUGUCAAAGUCGCAGGCGCAGAGAACAAAAAAGGAAAGGAAGGUUCAAAGAAGCGAAGAAAUAAAUGAGACUGGAAAAGAUUUAAAUGAAUAUUUAACAGGAGUCAAGAAAACCUUGGAUUUGAGCGGAUGUAUUAGAAGUCGCAUGCAGCGAUACCUCACAUCAUUUUGUAAUCCCACCAUUUUGUAAGGAAUUUACUGGAAUAGACGUGAACGCUUAGGUAUGUGUUGUUUUUUCUAUAAUUUUUAUUUCAUUUAAAUACGUGUGAUCCGUACAUUCGCGGAAUGUAUUGGUAAGAAGUUUUAAAGAAAUGUAAUUAUUUUGGAUUUUAAUUUCUAUUGUAUUCUAUCAACAUUUUGUGGAAUUUAAUUCUAUUUUAUAAAUGGAUUUUUAUUGGUUU